CAGACAUGUUCUUUGAGCUUUACAAGCAUUGGCGUUUCUCAGUGGCUCAGUGCCUCCUACCCAUUGAGCUCAGAGAGCUUUUUUCUCAGCAGUGAAGUCAGCCAGUGUUCAGUGGAAGUUUGGUCAUGUCUGGACUGCUGGGUGUUCGACCGUUGCUGCUGUGGGGCUGCGCCUGCCUCUGGCUGCCCAGCCUGGCCCGUGGGGCUCUGGUCGUCUCCGGGAACCAUGAAGCUCCACAGGAGACAACUGGAACUGCCAGAUCACUGCAGGUACUUGGCAGGAAAACUAUUCACAGGCAGUCUCCCCAUGUUACGAAAAGAAGUACAAAUGAGGCCAAGGUGGAAGUGUACAGUGUGAAAGUGGACUGCAGGGUGACAUCUCGUUUCGCCCACACCGUCAUGACCUCCCAGGCCCUGAACAAGGCAAACUCCUCUCAGGAAAUCUUCUUUGAAGUGGACCUGCCCAAGACCGCCUUCAUCACCAACUUCAGCAUGGAAAUUGACGGUCAUGUGUACGUUGGGCAGGUGAAGGAGAAAGAGAAAGCUAAGAAAGUGUACGAGAAGGCUGUUUCCUCUGGACAGACUGCUGGACUGGUCAAGGCAUCUGGGAGGAAGAUGGAGAAGUUUUCAGUGUCUGUCAACAUUGCGGCCAAAAAAAGCGUGACUUUCAUUCUGACCUACGAGGAGCUCCUUCAGAGGAAACUGGGCCAAUAUGAGAUUUCAACCCGAGUUAAACCCAAGUCACUGGUCCACGAGUUUGAAAUUGUGACAAACAUCUAUGAGCCACAGGGCAUUGCUUUUGUUGAUGCCCAUGCAACCUUCCUCUCCAAUGACCUGCUCCCCCUGGUGGAGAAAACUGUCACAGACAAAAAGGCACACAUCUCUUUCUCACCAACUAUGGAGCAGCAGAGGAAGUGUCCGGGUUGUGAUGGAACAUUCAUCGAUGGAGAUUUUAUCAUCAAGUAUGACAUAAACCGAGCGAAGAGCCUCGGGGACAUUCAGAUUGUGAAUGGAUACUUUGUGCACUUCUUUGCUCCCCCUGACCUGCAAAGAGUCCCGAAGAAUGUGGUGUUUGUGAUUGACAAGAGCGGAUCUAUGAGUGGAAGAAAGAUUGUACAGACGCGAGAGGCAUUGAUGGCCAUCCUCAAAGACAUCAACGAGGAGGACCACUUUGCCCUUAUCCAGUUUGAUGACAAAAUCGAGUCCUGGAGAGACUCACUUAGCAAAGCAACUAAGGAAAAUGUGGCUGAAGCCAUGAUCUACGUGUCACAAAUAAGGGAUCUGGGAGGAACCAAUAUCAAUGAUGCAGUGUUGAGAGGUGUGGAAAUGCUGAUCAAAGAAAGGCAGGAAAACAGGCUCCCUCUGAGGAGCAUUGAUAUGAUUAUUUUACUGACUGAUGGAAUGCCAAAUUAUGGAGUGUCUAACCCCCGGAUGAUCCAGGAGAAUGUGCAUUCUGCUAUUGGAGGAAACAUGUCUCUGUUCUGUCUUGGAUUUGGAAAUGAUGUGGAUUACUCCUUCCUGGAUGUGAUGAGCAGACAAAACAAGGGAUUGGCCCGCAGAAUAUUUGAGGGUUCAGAUGCAACACUUCAACUUAAGGGUUUCUAUGACGAAGUUUCCAGCCCUUUGCUCUCUGAGGUGGACCUGCGUUAUCCUGACAAUGCUGUCGACUUCCUGACCACCAACCACUUCAGCCAGCUGUUUAAUGGCUCCGAGAUCGUGGUGGCUGGUCGGCUGACAGACAACAACCUGGACAACUUCCCGGUGGAGGUGGUCGGCCAGGGGUUUGAGGAUAACUUCAUGGUGCAGGGCCAGGCCAGUGCUGUGAACUGGGACGUCCUGUACCCAGAUGAGGAGUACAUCUUUGGGGAUUACAUUGAGCGUCUGUGGGCCUAUCUCACCAUCCAGCAGCUACUGGAGAAGAGCAAGAUUGGUUCCCCGGAAGAGAAAGUCAAUGCCACAGCCAAGGCGCUGGACAUGUCUCUGCAAUACAACUUCGUCACCCCUCUCACUUCCAUGGUGGUCACCAAGCCUGAAACUGAGGAAGGAACAGAAAGGCCUCUCAUUGCAGACAAGCUGACUGAAGAGCAAAGACAACAGGCAGAAAGAGGGAUACAUGUAGCACAUCAAUCUCCCGGCCCUACGUUGAACAAACAUUCUUACCAGUCACCACCAACAUAUUUUGUGGACGGAGAUCCUCAUUUCAUGAUAGAGCUGCCAGACAGAAACGACGCUCUGUGCUUCAACAUCAACGCCAAACCAGGAAUCAUUUUCACUCUGGUCAAAGACCCAGAAUCAGGUAUUUUGGUCAAUGGACAGAUAAUUGGAGACAAGAAAAUUCCCCCCAAUGGUAAAAUUAAUACCUACUUCUGGCGGUUUGGCAUCGUCCACCAGACUCUGGGGGUGAGGCUGGAGGUGAGCACUCAUGACAUCUCAGUGUUCCAGGACGGCAAAUGGGUCAAGCUGCUGUGGUCUGAUACAGCCUCUCUCAAAGGACCCAAUGUGGAUCUUUUCGUGACCAAGGGUCGCAGCCUAAUGGUAACUUUAAAAGAUUCAGUCAAGUUUGUGAUACUGCUACACAAAGUGUGGGAGAAGCAUCCAUACCACCCGGACUACUUGGGUUUCUACACCCUGGACAGCCACCUCCUCUCCCAUUCUGUUCACGGCCUACUAGGUCAGUUCUACCACGGGAUUGAAUAUGAGGUGACAGACCUGCGUCCAGGAGAGGUUCCAGAGAAACCAGAUGCCACUAUGUAUGUGAAAGGACAGGAGCUCAAUGUGACCAGAGGGUGGCAGAGAGACUUCAGGAGGGAUGUGAAGAAUGGAGAAAAUGUGCCCUGCUGGUUCAUUCACAGUAAUGGAACAGGCCUCAUUGAUGGAGAUGCAAGAGACUACAUUGUGUCAGGACUUUUUAAAACUGUUUAAAAACAUGUUACACAUCAAUGUCUACCACAGAUCAUCAAAAUCAUAAAAUAAAUAUUAAAAUCUGCCUGCGUUUACCGCAUGAAUAAUAUAACAUCGUAUGCCCAAAGGCAAACAGGCUGCAUUAUGAGUGUAUUUCCUGAAAUUAUAAGAACUGGAAAUAACACUAUUCCAAAAGAGUGAGAAGUACUGGGAGACAUAUUCAACAAUAAUUUGUAUUCAAAUACAUGGGACACAGUUCUUAAAGAUGGACUUAAGCUAGAAUUACUCAUUUUAGACUGUUUAGUCAGUGUUUAUAAUGUCUUUACUUUGGUUAUUCCUCUGUUUUCCUUAAAGACAUGACUUUAGCUUGCUAAUUUCAAACCUUUGUGUGAUGACACCUGACACAACCUGCUUUUCCCAGUUUAAGUGUUGCUAAUGUCAGGAGCUGACAGGAUGUAAAAUGGGAUCCAAACUGUUUCCAAGCAGUGAAACUCUGAUGAAAUGGUCUGUUACAGUUCAUGUGAAGUCUACUGUACAAUUCCUAAACAACAUGAGACCUAAUAAAUUUUAUCU